CUGUGAAGCACAUUACUGUCUGCAAAGCAAAACCAGCCGGUAUUCUGUCCAACGUUACGUCCUCCAGUGCUGGUUGAAAUGGGAAUCUACCGGGUUUCCUUUUUGGUGAUUUUGAUCUUAACUUGCAUUGUAAUUUUUGUUUUGUCAUCGACAAAUUUAUCAAGCAGCAGUUGGAAUACUUUCUCAGACCCAAUCUCAGAAGGACCUGAGGAAAUAGCUGAGCUAUGGGUGCAAAAGGAAAACUUGCUUGCCUCAAACUUUGUGUUAACGGAUCCCACAAAACAAGCCGAAUCCCCAAAAUCGACAGUGAGAGUGAACAAACCGCCGCGCGCUCCGGAGACUCCCGUACCUGUCCUCUUCAGAAAAGACUUCAAGAAGCUUCCGCGCUUUGAUUUCGAGGAUAUUUAUAACCAGGACGCUCCACGCAGGCAGACAACGUGUGCCCAGUCUCUGCAAAACUCUGAAGAUAAAGACUUCAAGAAGAAUUUCCUCCCAAACAUUCGUUUGUUUAUGGACAAAAUGAACAUGAGCGAGUGGAACCGGCUGUCGCACUUCAACAAUCCAUUUGGUUUCAUGCAGGUCAAAUAUGAUGAGGUGAUGCCUACAGUGAAGUUGAUCCCAAAGCCAAAAGAGCCACUGCUGCUUCCACGGACGGGCAGUGACGGAUGUUUGCGCUGUGCUGUGGUGGGCACAUCAGGAAUCCUAUAUGGCUCUAAAUUGGGGAAAGAAAUUGAUGCUCACGAUUACGUUUUUCGGAUGAACGGUGCCGUCAUCAAAGGCUUUGAGGAAGACGUAGGAAACAAGACAUCGGUGUACGUUCACACUGCCCAUUCAAUCACUACUUCGCCGCAUCUGUUCCGGAAGUACGGAUACACAACCGCCCCUAAGGAUGAGGGUAUAAAAUAUGUAAUGAUACCUGAGGGGAUGAGGGAUUUCUAUUGGAUGGAGGGUCUUUUCAAACAUGAAAGAAUCAAGGCUCGGACAUAUAAUAACAUGAGGCCCUGGACAUACUAUGGUGGACAAUACAAUGAGAGCCGCUUCUACGUUCUGCACCAGGAUUUCCUCAGAUACGUUCGAAACAGGUUCUUAAUGUCUCCUCAUCUGAAUUCUUCACAUUGGGCAAUUGUCAGACCAACCAAUGGGGCUUUCACUCUCUUCCUCGCUCUGCAUACCUGUGACACUGUGAGUGCGUAUGGAUUCAUGACAGAGGACUACGCAAAAUACUCUAACUACUACUGUGAAAGGGAUAUUAAAACAAAAGUAAUUUUUUACGCCAACCACGACUAUCACAUGGAAAAGAGGCUGUGGAAAAAACUACAUGACAGCAAAAUACUGAAGUUGUAUCAGAGAACCGAAACAGGGAAGAAUUCGCCGAGCACCACACCGAACUAUGACUGACGGGAACAAAUGAUGUCAGCCGACAGAGAUGAAUGCCCUAAGCACAGCUGCCAGAUGUGCCAAUGGAAGUGGUGUGUGUGGGUGUGUGUGGGUAUUUGUGUGCACAAAGCCCUCAGGUACAGUGCGGGACUUCAC